AAAAACAAACAGGCGUAUUUUUAUUUACCAUAUUGCCCUUCUCUCUUAAUAAGAUUAAUUUCAAUUUCUUAUUUGCUCCCUCUCUGCUCACAGAUCUUCCAUUCCAAUAUUUGUAGCGCAGUGCAAAACUGUCUUCUCUCUGACAUGGCAUCUCAAGGUUUGUGUCCUUUGAUAAAGAAUAUUCUUCUUUUGGACUCUGAAGGGAAGCGUGUGGCAGUCAAGUAUUACUCAGAUGACUGGCCGACAAACAAUUCAAAGUUAGCUUUUGAGAAGUUUGUAUUUAGUAAGACUGUUAAGACAAAUGCUCGUACUGAAGCUGAGGUAACACUACUUGAGAACAAUAUCAUCAUUUACAAAUUUGUACAAGACUUGCAUUUCUUUGUUACUGGUGGUGAUGAUGAAAAUGAACUCAUUUUAGCAUCAGUACUUCAAGGUUUCUUUGAUGCAGUCACCCUUCUAUUGAGGAGCAAUGUUGACAAAAGAGAGGCACUUGAGAACUUGGAUCUCAUUCUGCUGUGUCUUGAUGAGAUUGUUGAUGGAGGGAUGAUACUUGAAACAAAUGGAACUCUUAUUGCUGAAAAAGUGACCUCUCAUAGCUUGGAUGCUGAUGCCCCCUUGUCUGAGCAGACACUGACUCAAGCUUGGGCUACAGCCAGAGAACAUUUGACAAGAACCCUUUUAAAAUGAUGCUUGCACACACCAAAAAUGCUUAUUAUUGAAUGGCCAAUUUUUUGUCUGUUAAUGAGAGUUGUUCUAUCCCCUUAUUUGUGGAUUAUUGUUCCGGGCACCAUACCAUUGUCCUGAAAAGUGUGUACCUCCUGCAUUUUAGUCAUUAUUUGCCAAAUUCAAGACUACAAUUCAUCA